AUGUGGCAGUCAGUGAAUGGAGCAGAAGAACACCAAUUGAUGGGGAAAGAGGAUAUACAGUCACAUGCAAAAAAUAAGUUUGAAGAUUUGGAUGCACCCAGGAAGGAGGAGGGAAAACACCCACCAAAAGAGAAAAAUAAUUCCAGUCCUACACAGAGGGAUGACUCCGUACAGCAAAACGUAUGUCAAGGAGACACCAGGAAAGAGUGCACUGCAAGCAGGGGAAAUUACACUGAAGUAUCUGUUAUUAAUACUCAACCAAAGAUGUUUAACAAAAAGAAAAUAUAUAAAUGGCAGGUGUGCGGGAAAAGCUUCAGUCACAGUGGAAACCUCACUUCCCAUCGAAGAAUUCACAGAGAGAAGAAACCAUUCAAAUGCCUGGAGUGCAGGAAAAGCUUCACUUACAGUUCCAGUCUUACUUCCCAUCGAAGAAUUCACACAGGGGAGAAACCAUAUAAAUGCCUGGAGUGUGGGAAAAGCUUCAGAAAGAGUUCCCAUCUUAGUUCUCAUCGAAAAACUCACGCAGGGGAGAAACCAUACAAAUGCCUGGAGUGUGGGAAAAGCUUCACUCAGAUUUCUAAUCUUAGUUCUCAUCGAAAAACUCACACAGAUGAGAAGCCAUACAAAUGCCUGGAGUGUGAGAAAAGCUUCAGGAAGAGUUCCCAUCUCAGUACCCAUCAAAAAACUCACACAGGGGAGAAGUCAUUCAAAUGCCUGGAGUGUGAGAAAAGCUUCAGGUUCGGUGCUGAACUUACUUCCCAUCAAAGAAUUAACACAGGAGAGAAACCAUAUAAAUGCCUGGAAUGCGGGAAAAGCUUCACUCUGAGUUCCAGUCUUACUUCCCAUCAAAGAAAUCACACAGGGGAGAAAACAUACAAAUGCCUGGAGUGUGGGAAAAGCUUCAGAAAGAGUUCUAGUCUUACUUCCCAUCAACGAAUUCACACAGGGGAGAAACCAUACAAAUGUCUGGAGUGUGGGAAAAGAUUCAGUCAGAGUUCCAGUCUUACUUCCCAUCGAAGAAUUCACACAGCGGAGAAAUCAUAUAAAUGCCUGGUGUGUGGGAAAAGAUUCAAUCAGAGUUCCAGUCUUACUUCCCAUCGAAGAAUUCACACAGCGGAGAAACCAUACACAUGCCUGGAGUGCGGGAAAAGCUUUACUUACACUUCCAGUCUUACUUCCCAUCGAAGAAUUCACACAGGGGAGAAACCAUACAAAUGCCUGGAGUGUGAGAAAAGCUUCAGAAAGAGUUCCCAUCUUACUUCCCAUCAAAGAAUUCACACAGGGGAGAAGUCAUACAAAUGCCUGGAGUGUGAGAAAAGCUUCAGGUUCGGUGCUGAACUUACUUCCCAUCAAAGAAUUCACACAGGAGAGAAACCAUAUAAAUGCCUGGAAUGCGGGAAAAGCUUCACUCUGAGUUCCAGUCUUACUUCCCAUCAAAGAAUUCACACGGGGGAGAAACCAUACAAAUGCCUGGAGUGUGGGAAAAGCUUCACUCAGAGUUCCAGUCUUACUUCCCAUCGAAGAAUUCACACAGCGGAGACACCAUACACAUGCCUGGAAUGCGGGAAAAGCUUCACUCAGAGUUCUAGUCUUACUUCCCAUCGAAGAAUUCACACAGGGGAGAAACCAUACAAAUGCCUGGAGUGUGGGAAAAGCUUCACUCAAAGUUUUAAACUUACUUCCCAUCGAAGAAUUCACACAGGGGAGAAACCAUACAAAUGCCUGGAGUGUGGGAAAAGCUUCACUCAGAGUUCCAGUCUUACUUCCCAUCGAAGAAUUCACACAGCGGAGACACCAUACACAUGCCUGGAAUGCGGGAAAAGCUUCACUCAGAGUUCUAGUCUUACUUCCCAUCGAAGAAUUCACACAGGGGAGAAACCAUACAAAUGCCUGGAGUGUGGGAAAAGCUUCACUCAAAGUUUUAAACUUACUUCCCAUCGAAGAAUUCACACAGGGGAGAAACCAUACAAAUGCCUGGAGUGUGGGAAAAGCUUCACUCAGAGUUCCAGUCUUACUUCCCAUCGAAGAAUUCACACAGCGGAGAAACCAUACACAUGCCUGGAGUGCGGGAAAAGCUUUACUUACAGUUCCAGUCUUACUUCCCAUCGAAGAAUUCACAUGGAGAAACCAUAUAAAUGCCUGGAGUGUGCGAAAAGCUUCAGGUUGGGUGUCGAACUUACUUCCCAUCAAAGAAUUCACACGGGGGAGAAACCAUACAAAUGCCUGGAGUGUGGGAAAAGCUUCGCUCAGAGUUCUAGUCUUACUUCCCAUCAAAGAAUUCACACAGGGGAGAAACCAUAUAAAUGCCUGGUGUGUGGGAAAAGAUUCAGUCAGAAUUCCAGUCUUACUUCCCAUCGAAGAAUUCACACAGCGGAGAAACCAUACACAUGCCUGGAGUGCGGGAAAAGCUUUACUUACAGUUCCAGUCUUACUUCCCAUCGAAGAAUUCACAUGGGGGAGAAACCAUAUAAAUGCCUGGAGUGUGCGAAAAGCUUCAGGUUGGGUGUCGAACUUACUUCCCAUCAAAGAAUUCACACGUAAAAGGGGGAGAAACCUUUUAAAUGCCUAAAGUGUGGGAAAAGCUUCUGUCAGCGUUCCCAUCUUAGUUCUCAUAAAAAAACUCACACUGGGGAGAAACCAUAUAAAUGCCUGGAGUGUGGGAAAAGCUUCAGGUUGUGUGCUAAACUUACUUCCCAUCGAAGAAUUCACACAGGGGAGAAACCAUAUAAAUGCCUGGAGUGUGGGAAAAGCUUCAGUCAGAGUUCCACUCUUACCUCCCAUCACAGCGUGUUUAACAAAAAGAAAAUAUAUAAAUGCCAGGAGUGCGGGAAAAGCUUCACUUACAGUUCCCGUCUUACUUCCCAUCGAAGAAUUCACACAGGGGAGAAACCAUAUAAAUGCCUGGAGUGUGGGAAAAGCUUCAGAAAGAGUUCCCAUCUUAGUUCUCAUCGAAAAACUCACACAGGGGAGAAACCAUACAAAUGCCUGGAGUGUGGGAAAAGCUUCACUCAGAUUUCGCAUCUUAGUUCUCAUCGAAAAACUCACACAGGUGAGAAACCAUACAAAUGCCUGGAGUGUGAGAAAAGCUUCAGGUUCGGUGCUGAACUUACUUCCCAUCAAAGAAUUCACACAGGGGAGAAACCAUAUAAAUGCCUGGAGUGUGGGAAAAGCUUCAGGUUGUGUGCUAAACUUACUUCCCAUCGAAGAAUUCACACAGGGGAGAAACCAUACAAAUGCCUGGAGUGUGGGGAAAGAUUCAGGAUGUGUGCUACACUUACUUCCCAUCAAAGAAUUCACACAGGGGAAAAACCAUAUAAAUGCCUGGAAUGCGGGAAAAGCUUCACUCAGAGUUCCAGCCUUACUUCCCAUCAAAGAAUUCACACAGGGGAGAAACCAUAUAAAUGCCUGGAGUGUGGGAAAAGCUUCAGUCACAGUUCCACUCUUACCUCCCAUUCAAAAACUCACACAGAGGAGAAACCAUACACAUGCCUGGAGUGUGGGAAAAGCUUCAGGAAGAGUUCCACUCUUACCUCCCAUACAAAAACUCACACAGGGGAGAAACCAUACACAUGCCUGGAGUGUGGGAAAAGCUUCAGGAAGAGUUCCCAUCUUAGUUCCCAUCAAAGAAUUCACACAGGGGAGAAACCCUAUAAAUGCCUAAAGUGUGGGAAAAGCUUCAGUCAGAGUUGCAUUCUUACUUCCCAUCAAAAAACUCACACAGGGGAGAAAGCAUAUAAAUGCCUGGAGUUUGGGAAAAGCUUCAGGAAGACUUCCCAUUUUAGUUCCCAUCGACAAACUCACACAGGGGAGAAACCAUACACAUGCCUGGAGUGUGGGAAAAGCUUCAGGUUGCGUGCCAGUCUUAUUUCCCAUAGAAGAAUUCAUGCAGGGGAGAAAACAUACAAAUGCCUGGAGUGUUAA